UACCAUUGCAACCACCAUCACCACAUCUACUACUACCACGACAACACCAGCCAUCGCUGUAUAAGUACAGACAGCACCACAUCCGCUACUAAUCCACCACAGUCACCAGCACAUAACUACAACCACAAUUUUACUACCUCACUUACCACCGCCACCACCACCAUUGUGACGACCAGCACACCAGUGCAAAUAGCAAUACCACACCACUGCAGCUACAACUACUAUACGUACGAGCUAACGUGGAAAUCUCAGCAUAGUCGCCCGACCUCGUAGAAACAGCAGCCAAAUUCUCCCUCAAAUUACGUCUGUACCGACCUUAAAAAUGGACAUUGGAUAAUGUAGUCUAAAAUAGGCUUAUCUAACGGUAGAAAAAAAAGAAAAGAAUGAAUGAAAAAGGUAUGGUCAUUGCUUGAAUGUCUUUGAUCAAAGAUCUGCUUGCUCAAGGUUGACCUAGGGCUCAUCACCAUAUUGUUAUAAACUACCAUCGCGCUAAUACUCCAACUAACACGCCGCUACAGCCGCCACCAUCACCACCUAGCUAAACAAGAACAACAGCAACAUUAUAACUGCCAGCCCUAACACGCAACUGCAACUACCACCUCGCCACUUCAGCCAUUGCCACACAAAUGUUGCUACCACCACACCACAACAAACAGCCACUUCAGUCACACCACUUCAUACGCAAGCUUUUUAACUACCAAUACAGUUGAGUCUUGAGAGUGGUGCGGUGACACUCAUUCGGGUCCUCAAUGACGUUAAAUGAAAACUACAAAGAAUCGGCACUAAAACAAAAACUACAAUAAUAAACGAAGAAGAAGAGGUAGAAAGAGAGAACAAAAAUGUAUGAAACAAAGAAGUGAGAUAGAAGGAAAGAGAAGAAGAAAGGAACAAAGAAAGAAGUGAAAGCGGAGGCAAGCAGCAGUGGUGGCAGUAGGGAGGGGGAUAAAGAAGGAGAAGGUGGAGGAAGAGCAGAUGGAAGAGGAAAAAACGAAAAACGAGCUGAAUGAAGUACAGUAGAGUUGGAGGUAGAGUUGUUUCCCCCUUAGGUUGCUACCAACGCCACCUGCUUAGACCGGUUGACCGAUCAACUCCCUUGUCAUCACGUCAUCCUUAACCGGGCGGCCAGACGGACAGUGAAUGAAUCUAACACGGCUACAUUACCACAAACAAACCACCCGGUCACAGUGAUAACCAUAAAAAAAAUAUUCCGUCACUUUAAGUUACUUGAAAUUAUUCGUCUUCUACGCCACAGUUUCUAAAUUUCUGAGAUAACAAUUAUAAAAGAAAAAGAAAAAAAACACAGCUUCAAUUAUCGGCCCCUGAGUGGGUUUUCUUUAGGACAGGUACAGAAUUUAGUGGACACCGCCAGAUGGCUUAUGGAGUCGUGACUCUAUUGAGCAGAAUAACUUCAACGUUUGGAUUGACUCCUUGCCACGCAUUGCAUCUGCCAUUUGUGGUGCCGAUUAUAUAGUCCUUCAUCAAGAAUAUGCCCCGCAGGAGACGAAUAUUAACCACAAUGACAUACUCUUGUGAUAUCUGCCACAAAAAUUUCACUCAAAUGUCCAGUGUUAUCCGACACAAACGGAUACACUCGGGUGAGAAACCAUUCCAGUGUGAAAUCUGUAAGAAGGCUUUUUCACAGUCGUCAACUCUAGUCAACCAUCAACGAACACACUCAGGUUUCAAACCAUUUGAAUGCAAUCUUUGUGGACGCAAGUUUUCAAAUCACUCAAGCUUAUCUCGUCACCAUCAAACGCACUCAGAUGAAAAACCUUAUCCGUGCGAUAUUUGUAAAAAGUCCUUUUCUCGUUCAACAUACCUUCUGUGCCAUAUUCGUACCCACACUGGUGAGAAACCUUACAGCUGCUCUGAAUGUAACCAGACUUUCUCUCACCUCUCCAGUCUGGCUCGUCAUGGUCGGAUCCACUCAGGUGAACGUCCUUAUCAUUGCGAUAUCUGUGGUAAAACAUUCUCGCAGUCGUCUAUCCUUGCCAACCAUCGGCGGAUUCACUCCACUGACAAACCAUUCACUUGCCAGAUCUGUGAGAAGUCAUUUUCCAACCGGUCUAGUCUUCAGCGUCAUGUCAAAAUUCACACGUUACAAGACAUGCCGUUGUCAUCAACAUCGGCAUCGUCCCCGAUUGUCUUCUCUUUAUCCAGCCAUGAUGAACAGUCAGUGACAAAACCAAAUGAGGAAACUGCUGACGAUAUGAAUUUAGACAACAACAACAACAGCUGUGAGGAAAUAAUUUCUAACAAUGAUGAGAACCCCAUAAGAUGUAACUUGUGCUUUGAAGUCUUUCCACUGGAGACGGAUCUAUCAAACCAUUUAAAUGAUAAACACCCAGAAGUUGUGAUGGCAGAGAAAUCUUAUGCAGAACCUGGCAAUGAAACAAAAUCAGAGAAUACUGAAAGCAAUGGUCUGGUACCUGUCUUCAAUGAUACCACUCAGUUGGUUGACAAGUCCAUACAAAACCAACAAAUUCCACAGCAGAUUCCAGAAACUGUUAAAAAGAAGCGCCAAUAUGCAUGUAACUACUGUCAAAGACUAUUUUCUGAUCGUUCUAACAUGUGCAAGCAUCGGAAGAAAUGUCAGCUUACUUUCAUUUCAAGCAUGGGCUUAGCUUUGAUUUCAAACCAACUUCCCUCUGCUCUUGUAGAUGGUGGCUUCAAUAUGCCAAUACCACCGCUACCAACUGUACAGUGUGAACUUUGCCAUAAGUCCUUUGCAAAGCAGUCACAUCUGGCUUCUCAUAUGUAUCAGAUACACCGUCCUCUUGGUGAAACAGUAAAAAAUGACAAUGCUAAUGUUCCAAAAAAUACUCGCUAUGAAUGCAAAAUCUGUUUGAAAACUUUCACCCAAGCCUCUAGUCUACAGCGUCAUGGUCGUGUUCAUUCCGGAAACAAACCCUAUCAUUGUAAUGUAUGUUCCAAAAGUUUCUCACAGUCUUCAAUCCUAUCAAACCAUCUAAGGAUCCACUCUGGAGAGAGACCUUACAAAUGCGAUAUCUGCUCCAAGAGUUUCUCCAAUUCAUCGAGUUUGUCUCGUCACAUGCAAAUACAUUCAGGAGAAAAACCAUAUAAAUGCAAAAUCUGUUUAAAAUCUUUCUCUCGCUCCACUUAUGUAGCAUCUCACCUGCGAGUGCAUUCAGGUGAGAGACCUUUCCAAUGCAGUAUCUGCAAUCGUACCUUCUCUCAGUCAUCCUCUUUAGUCCGACAUAAAAGAACCCAUAGUGGUGAGAGGCCAUUCUUCUGUGAGGAAUGUGGUAAAUCUUUCUCUCAGUCCUCAGUACUUGUUAACCACCGUAAAACUCAUUCUAAAGACAGACAGUUCACUUGUAAGACCUGCCUUGAACCGUUCCCUGAUAAAUCCAGCCUGCUUAAACAUUUCAAGGUCCAUUGUAAUAACAAAAUGAGAUCAUAUCCUUGCAAUUACUGUGGUCGUGUGUUCAAACGAGCACCCUAUCUCGCUUCACACAUGCGAGCUCACACCAAAAAGUCUAUAGUACCCUCAUAAUUAUUUGGAAAACUUCAAUAUAGGAGUUCUCAAUUGUGUUUUUGUGUUUUCUUUUUUAAGCAAUCAAAAUAUCCUUGCCAAAACCAUGCUAAGUAUGGAAAAUAUUUUUUGCUAUCAUCACCAUUUCAAGACAGUGGACACCUCUCACUCUCUUGUUUUUCUAUAUUCUAGCUUGAAUAUUAAAGAGAGAAAGAUAGUCUCCUGUUUUUGUCCUACAAGAUCUAAUUACAGUUAAAGGGUGGCUUGCUUGCAAUUAACAGAUGUUAUUGUGCUAGGAAUAUGACAUGAGUAAAUCCAAACAUGCAAUCUUUCAGCAGUACAACCAUGCUUUUAAAAAUGAUAAUACAAAUACUAAUAUUUCCAACAUAGACACAAGGCCACAGCUUUGUGAAGGAGGGUAUAAGCAUUUUAAUCAACAACGGUACUUGUCCCAUGUUUGGCAAGGUCAUGAAAUUUUAAGGGAAGAUGGUAGAGUUCUUAUUUUAUCAAUCCUGCAGAUAUGAAACUAAUAUUUUUAUUAUGAUCAAAAUUAUUAUUAUUUGGCAAAUAUAUAAACACUUGUCCGUCUCUCUCUCUCUCCCUCUCCCAUUUAACAAUAGCAAAAUUGCUAAGUAAACCAUCCAACCAUGGGACAGUAUAG